GCCUGACCGACAUCUUUAACGUGGAGAUCGCGGCGCUGCUCAGUCCGCUCAGCCGAGUCACGAUCGGUCACGAUAACGGAGGAGUCAAUGCUGGCUGGUACUGCGACAAGGUGGUCGUCUUCUGUCCGUUCACUGGCAUCGAGCAGACGUUCCCUUGCUCUAAAUGGCUGGAUGAGGACGAGGCUGACGGGCUCGUCGAGAGGGAACUGUAUGAAAUGGUGUCGCUCCGGCAGAAGAGGCAAAAAAAGCAUCCCUGGUCUCUCUGGAUCUGGACGUCAGAUAUUCCGGGAGCAGGAACAGACGCGUCUAUCUUACUCCAGAUAUACGGAGAGAAGGGCAAGUCGGACGAGAUGAGACUCGACAACAAAACUGAUAACUUUGAGCAGGGCCAGCUGGACAAGUUCAUGAUUGAACUACCAGAUCUUGGGAAGCUGACUAAACUGAGAAUCUGGCACGAGAAGAGAAAUCCCUUCGCCGGCUGGCAUUUAAGUCGAAUGUCCAUAAUGAAAACUUUAACAAAGGAAACAUAUAAAUUCCCAAGUGAGCGCUGGCUGGACGCUAAUGAGGACGAUAACGAAGUGGUGCGAGAGCUUCCAGCCACCGGAGAUCUCAUCUCUGAACCUCUGACACUUAUCAAGUAUCGCAUCACAGUGUACACAGGGAACGUGAGCGGCGGAGGAACAGACGCACAUGUGUUUCUGUGUCUGAUCGGGGAUCAGGGCGACACCGGCGAACGCACUUUGAUCAACUGCAAAAACAACGUCAACAAGUUUGAGAAGGGCAACGCGGAUGAGUUCAUCAUUGAGGCCGUGUCCAUCGGGCAGGUGCGCAGGGUGCGAAUCGGUCACGACGGCCGUGGCGGAGGCUGCGGAUGGUUCGUGGAUAAAGUAAUCGUCAGAGAAGAAGGCCAGGCCGAAUCACAGGCCGUCGAGUUCCCAUGCAACAGAUGGUUCGACCGCAAUGAAGACGACGGGCAGAUUGUUCGUGAGUUGGUGCCAUUAGCAGAUGGACAGAGGCUUUACAACGUGAGCUAUCACAUCGCAGUGAAGACGGGUAACGUCAGUGGAGGAAGUUCAGACUCUAAAGUGUUUGUGAAGUUCUACGGUGAGAAGGGAGACACCAGCAGAAUGAUGCUCGUGGUCUCAGACAACAACCUGCGCAAUUACUUCGAGGCGGGCAGGGUGGAUGUUUUCACCGUCGACACCGCUGACAUCGGGCAGAUUAACCGGCUCCUGAUCGGUCACACUAAUGAAGGGAUGCGUGCCGGCUGGUUUCUGGACAGCGUUCAGAUCAUGGUGCCAAAUCACGGCAAACACUACAUGUUCCCCAGUCACCGCUGGCUGUGCAGAGACGAGGCUGAUGGGAAGACGGAGGUGGAGAUUUACCCCAGUGAAAUACUGGAUGUUGAACAAUUGAUAAACUAUGAGAUCACGGUUUUGACGGGGGACGUCUUUGCUGGUGGCACAAAUGCCAAUGUUUUUAUACAAAUCUAUGGAGAUCAAGGAAAAACGGAGGUGCUCCAAAUCGGCAGCAGGUCAAACAACUAUGAGAGAGGAGCAACAGACAUAUUCAAGAUUGAGGCUAAAGAUGUGGGGAAGAUCUUCAAGAUCCGCAUUAGUCAUGAUGACUCGGGCAUAGGAGCCGGAUGGUACCUGGACCGGGUGGAGAUCAAGCGUCUGAUAAUGGCCAUGGUGCCCAAAGAGAAGAAAGAAGAUAAAAAGAAGAAGAAGAAUAAGAAAAAGAAGAGCGAGGAGGAUGAGGAUGAGGAAGGCGGUGAGGAGGAGAUGCGUGAGGUGAUCUUGACCUACUUAUUCCCCUGCGAUCGCUGGCUGGCUUCUGAUGAGGAGGACGGAGAGAUGGUGGUGGAACUUCUGCCGGAGGACAAUGAGGAGCUGGAGGAAAACACAUAUGAGGUCCACAUCUUCACGGAAAACAUGAUGGGGGCCGGAAGUGAUGCCAACGUGUUCAUCAACAUCUACGGAGAGAACGGAGAUACUGGAGAACGACCCUUGAGAAAGUCCAAUCAUCUCAACAAAUUUGAACGCGGACAGGAGGACACGUUCUCCAUCACAGCUGUGGAACUGGGGCCUUUGAAGAAACUAAGGAUCCGUCACGAUAACAGCCAUCAGUCAGCCUGGUACCUGGACAGGGUGGAGAUCGUGGACACUAAAGAUGACACCACGUAUUACUUCCCCUGUAACCGCUGGCUGGCGGUUGAUGAAGAUGAUGGUCAGAUUGCACGAGAGCUCGUUCCUGUGGAUGAGGCCUUCAUGAGGAAGGACGAGGAUGAGGAGGAGUCUGGGGCCACACUGGGUUUGGAGCAGAAAGCAAUGUCAACAACAUACACAAUGAGGAUCAAGACUGGAGAAAAGAAACACGCUGGAACAGACGCCAAUGUCUUUGCGAUUCUAUAUGGAGAGAAUGACGACACAGGAGGGUCGGCUGGAUGGUUCCUGGACUGGGUGGAGAUCGAUGCUCCUUCUCAAGGACAGAGGCUUCGUUUCCCAUGUGGCCGCUGGCUGGACAAAGGAGAAGACGAUGGAGCCGUUGUCAGAGAUCUGUAUCCAGCGGAGCUACAGACUGAACUUUACACGCCAUUCGUUCCCUAUGAGAUCACCACCUUCACGAGUGACGUGUUCGCUGCGGGGACGGAUGCGGACGUCUUCAUUGUUCUGUACGGUCAGAAGGGUCUGUGUACGCAGCAGAAGUACCUGUGUGUGAACAAGAGAGAAAGACGCAUGUACUUCGAGAGAUCAGCGGAAGACAUGUUCAUUGUAGAGCUGGAAGACAUAGGGGACGUCAUAGAGAAGAUCCGCAUCGGACACGAUAACCAAGGGACGAACCCCGGCUGGCAUCUGGACAGAGUGGAAAUCAGAAGACUUUUGAGGAAAGGAAAGGGUUCGGAGACGACCAUCUUCCCCUGUGAACGCUGGCUGGCCAAGUCUGAGGAUGACGGCGAGACGGUGAGAGAGCUGGUGCCGUCGGAGAUCAUCACGGAGAAGCUGCUGAGAGACGGGACGCUCAAACUCAACGAGAUCGAGGUGGAGGAUGCUCUGGAGACUCACACGUAUAAGGUGUCGGUGAGAACGGGUGACAUGAACGGAGCCGGUACUGAUGCCAAUGUGUUCCUGACCAUCUACGGAGAUCUGGGAGACACCGGAGAACGCAAGCUCAGCAAAUCUGAGAGCAGCAGCAACAAGUUUGAGAGAGGAGCCGUUGACAAGUUCAGCAUUGAAGCCGUGGAUCUGGGUCAGGUCUAUAAGAUCAGAAUCCGGCAUGAUGACUCUCUGGCUGGAGCUGACUGGUAUCUGGAUCAGGUGGAGGUGGUGGAUGUGGACACAGAAGAGGUUUACAUGUUCCUGUGUGAACGCUGGCUCUCCACUAAGAAAGAGGACAAGCGCAUCGAGAGGACCUUCUUUGUCAAGGGAUACGAGGGUGAGAGGAACCCUCAGAACGCAAAGAAGAACAUGCAGAACUCUAAAGCAGGUCUGGACAGCAACAUGAACAAGAAGAAGAAGAAGAAAAAGGCUGUUAUUAUGGAGGAGGGUCCGAUGAUCCCGUACCACUUCACAGUGUCCACCGGAGACGACCGUGACGCCAGCACCACCAGUCGGGUUUACAUUAUCAUCAUGGGGCCCAACGAUUUAGAAACGGAGCGACUCUGGCUGGAUCUCACUGAUGGGAAGACAUGCUUCGCUGCAGGAGGAAUGGAGCACUUCAUGUGUUACGGACUAGACGUGGGUGAGAUCAAGAGAGUUGAGUUGGGUCAUAACGGAGCGACUCCAGAGAGCUGCUGGCUGGUGGACCAGCUGUCGGUGGCCGUUCCCACCAAAGGCAUUCAGUACAACUUUCUGUGCAAGUGCUGGCUGGCCAAAGACAGAGGAGACGGUCUGACGGCCAGAGUCUUCAACAUACUGGACGCCACCACCAUCAGCAUCAUCCGGAAGGUGGUUUAUGAGGUGACGGUGGUCACCGGUGACACUCAGAAUGCAGGAACAGACACCAACAUCUUCAUAUCCGUGUUUGGAGCCAACGGGAGCAUGGAGGAGAUGCUCCUCGCUAAACAUGAGGACAGGUUUGAAAGAGGACAGGAAGACACGUUUAACCUGGAGAUCGAUGACAUCGCGCCCCUAAAAAAGCUUCGUGUUCGUAUCGACGGGACAGGAAGUCGUCCUGAUUGGUUCCUCGACAAGAUAAUCAUGAGAAACCUGAGCACGGAGGAGGUGUAUGUUUUCACCUAUGAGGAGUGGCUCUCUAAGACCAAAGGACCCAAGAGGACCAAGGUCUGUGAACUUCCUGCGGUCGUGGAAGAUGAGGAGAUGGUGGAGAAAACCACAUACAGCAUCCAGGUUAAAACCAGUGACAUCGCUGCCGCCGGCACAGAUGCCAAUGUGUUUCUGAUCGUGUUCGGGGAAAACGGAGACACGGGAACGCUGGCACUGAGAGAAUGCAGCAACAGGAACAAAUUCGAACACAAUCAGGUGGAUGUUUUCCGUUUCGGGGAUAUUCUGAGUCUGGGCGAGCUAUCCAAGGUCCGAGUGUGGCACGACAACAAGGGUCCGGCUCCUGGAUGGCAUCUGGAGUAUGUCGAUGUGAAGGACGACCUGCUGGAUCAAACCUUCCGCUUUCCCUGCGACCGAUGGCUGGCCAAAAGUGAGGAUGACGGGCAAAUCAUGAGGGAACUGGCAUGUGCCAAUAACGAUAUUCUGGAUCUCAGUGACAAGACCAAAUAUGAAUUUGAGAUCACAACAGCCAACUCUGAAGAUGCCGAGACGAAGGAGAAUGUCUGGAUCAUUCUGGAGGGGAAAAAAGGACGUUCAAAGGAGUUUAUGAUGGAAAACUCAAAGAAGAAGAAGUUUUUGCGAGGUGCCACGGAUUCAUUCGAGUUUUCCUCUAAAAAUGUGGGCGAGAUCGUCGGUAUUUGUUUGGGCCAUAUAACGAAGGAGAAGAAGGUGAAGAACGAGUCUUUCUGGCACGUGCAGGAGGUGGUGAUCACGGAGAAAGAGCUGAGAAACAAAUUCUACUUCACAUGCGACGCUCGGAUUCCGCUGGCGGCCAAGAAAGACGAGUUCAUGACAUUUGAGUGCACCAAAACUGUGGAGAGCUUCGCCAGCAAAGUGCGCAGUCUGGUUCCCGUCAAAUACGAGAUCAUCAUCAUCACCGGAGACGUGAAUGACGCCGCCACCGACGCCAACGUCUUCAUCACGCUCUACGGCGUCAACGGAGACUCUGGGAAGCGAGCGCUGAAGGGGAAGUACAGAAACCUGUUUGAGAGAGGACGGACAGACCGCUUUCUGCUGGAGAUGCUGGAUCUGGGCGAACUCUUGAGGAUCAAAGUGGAGCACGAUGACAACGGCACUUCGUCCGGAUGGUACCUGGAGUGUGUGGAGGUCACCAACACCGCCAACUGGGUGACCACUGUCUUCGUCUGCGGAAAGUGGCUGGACAGAAAUAAAGCAGAUGGACAAACUCACAGAGUGCUGUAUCCGAAAUAUUAAACGCUUUGGAUUUUUAACUAAAGACGUUUCAGAAAUCACUCUCUUUGGGAUAAAGCAGUUUGUACUUUUUUAAAGAAAUUCAAAUAAACAUCCUUUGUACUGAGAAUUACUGUCAUAUUUGUCAUCAGGUUUCUUUAGAUCCUGUCACAUUGUCCAGCGACUGAACCUGUAAACUUUAUGUA